AUGUCCCUUACGCCGGAACAGGAAUACCAAGAGCUAGUCCAGCGCACCGAUCUUUCCUGCGAUGAGGUCCUCGCUGUCUUCGAUAAACUAAAGCCCGUCGAGCCCGAGCAAUUCAUCGGAACUUGGAUUGGCGCUAACGUUAACACAAACCAUCCGACCGAGGAGAAGCUCACUAAGAUGCGCUGGGCCGGGAAGACUUUCCGGUCCGCUGAGGAUGUGGAUCCUAUUAUGGUCUAUAAGGAGGAUGGGUCACGGGCCUGGAAUGAGGACUGGGGCCAUGCUCGACUCCGCCAGAUUGAGUUCCGUGGCGUUGUCUCCACCGCGAUGGUUUAUGACGACUUCCCCAUCAUUGACUACUUCAGAUACGUGAACGAUAACCUGCUCGCUGGUGCAAUGGACUCAAAAACGACCCAGGCGGGGCCGUAUUAUUUCUAUCUGUACAAAUAA